UGCCACGAAUCCAAGCCAAGCCAAGCAACAAAACAACAGGGUGAGGACGAGGAAUGAGGAGAAAGGAGUAGCUUCGCGAUCGUGGAGCUUUUAUCGCACCGACGUCCACGAGUCCUUCUUCUUCUUCUUCCGCGCCAGCGAUCCAGCCAUGGAUGGAGCUCCAGCAGCAGUGGCUGGCUACGAUUCCGUCGCUCUGCUGCCCAUCGACAUCACUUACUCCAAACUCGCAGAUUGGUUGGCCGAUCGGAGGAGGAUACCUGCGGAUUGGAGGAAGAAGGUCGCGUCGCUGCGGGCUCGAAUUGCUGCGGCCUUCUCCACCCUGCCACUCUCGAUUGAUCCAUGGCUGCAGACGUUGACCGUGGAGAAUACUGGAUACCUGGAAGCAAGGCGCAUCAGAAACAUUUUGGCAGAAUCCAAUCCCGAUUCCCGCAACUUUUUUGGUCGACUUUCUGGAAUAGCGGGUGAGUGGGAUGGAAUUGUGCGGGCUUACGAGAAGGAGCUGCUGCAAAUUGGGGAAGCAGCGCAGAUUAUGGUCCAUUACACAGAUUAUGAAAUUCCAAGUCACAAGAGGGAGAUUGCGAAAAUUCAGCAGCAGCUGACUGAUAUGGAGAAAAAAGAAUCAGAAUACAAUCGGAAUGCAGUGGCUGCAGCCGCUAGAUAUCAACAAUCUUGUGAAGAACUUGGUAUUAAGGGCAACGACGUCAAAGCAGAGCUGAAGAUGCUUGGCAAAUCCCUCCCUGCCGUUUUCAUGGAGGUUGUACAAGCCGUCUCUAAUGAUAUUGUGGGAGAAUCAAUAGAGAUGUAUCAAGCUGUGAUAUCAUAUGCACAUUCUGGAUCCAAGGAACAGCAGCAAUCCAUCUUACCUACGCUUCAAGACCUUCGUGAGCAUCCGCCCAGUCUUGCUGGAUCUGAGGUUGACUCGCAUGAACAGAAAACGGACACAGUUGUAAGAGGGGGAAUCACUGAAGAUGAUAGUAAUCAGCCUGAUGACAGAGCCGGGACUGAAGGUGCUCACGACUCUAUUGAUUGGGGUGUAGAUAGUGUUGCGGGAGCUCCUAGUGGCCAGGAUGUUACUGACCAAAUAGACUGGGGUAUCGGAUCGGAAAGCACCGAUCAGGUUGUGGAAAGUAGUGAUGGCAUCGACUGGGGUAUUGGUACACUAUCAGAUGAUCAUACUUCAGCGGAUGCAAGCCAAAAUAUCAUUUGGGAUAUUGGACCGGACUCUGGUUUUGAUCUUCAGCAAAACUCCUCAGGCAUGGAAGAGGGUACUGAAGUUGGCGCUGGAAUAAAUUGGGACAUAGAUUUAGAUGAGAGCGGUGUAGGUGGAGCAGAACACUUCGACCCUCAGUUGCAUGAAGUCUCCAGUUACGAACAACAAACGGGAAUAGGGCGCUUCCUAGAGACUGAGUACAGAAAUAUGCUUCUCAAUGAUUUAUUUGAGCUGAAAGCUUUUUUGAAGCAAAGGGUGGAGGAGCUGGAGAGACAGGAAACGGCAGCACUUCAGAACCAGGUGCAAGCAAUGGCUCCCGCAGCCUGUUUCCAGCAUGGUUCGGAUGCUCUACGAGACAUGGCUCUUCACAUCACUGCUGCUAUCGAUUUGCUCACUGCUCAGAAGACCAGGGAACUUUGCUUGCUUGUUACAUCUUCUAGGUUCUUAGAUAGAUUACACUUAUCGUUGGCGUCGAAGAAGGAGAGUGAAAAGAAGCUUCUUGCAAGUCUACGGGACUUGAGCCAAAAGCGGACUGAACUUAGGAAUUCCUUGACGCUUUUGUGGUCAAAACAGGAUUUUGCUGUGAAGAGAACUCGGGAAGUCAAGGAGUAUGUGGAAAAAAGCCUUUCUGCGCUGUACGAGGGGCGUCCCGUGAACAUCAUCGGGGCAAUCAACACCAUCCUAGGGAUAGCUUAGGAGUUUCAUUCGAUUCGUCGAAGAUAGCUUACAAGACCUACACGUUGACUGCGAAUUUUUCUUCCUGUAGAACGUAGAACUAAAGACCAAGAGUCUCAGGUUUUUGUAGUGUUAUCCAGCUUUUCUUCCCAUCACGAUUCUAUCAAAUCAAUUGAAUGCAGGCUUUGUAUUAUGACAGGAAAAUUGGAGUAAUUGGUAGAUCUUUGGGAAGACGACAUGCAAACGAAGGAUUCAAUUUGUGAUUAUGGUAUCCUUUGUCCAUUGGAUUUCAUCAGAACAUUAAAUCUUGUUUAAGAAUUUCGUUGUUUUUCUCAAUCAGUUGUUCA